GGGAACGCUGACUCUGGAGGCUGCUGGGAUUAGGGUGGGGGUGCCUGAGAAGCAGUCCUUCUGUACCAGCAAAGAGCUCCCGGGUGAGGAGAGGAAGGAGAGAUGGAACUGGGCCGGUCUGCGGGGAAACGCGACAGUCUUGGUAGAGGGACAGUGUCUUGGUAAUGUCCAGGGCUCCAGGAAGAGAUGUCCUUGUGGCUGGAAGCUCCAGGACCUGGUGUUUGUCCUGACUCUGCAACGGAGUUGUGGAAGGCAGAAACCCAAGAUGCAAGAGACCAGGGAGGCAGCAGCUGUAUCCUCAGGGAGGAAGCUAGGAUGGCCCAGUCUGCUGGAAGUGCUUUGAGGAUGGGAUUGGAGGCAGCAGAGCCCACAGCCCUGCUCCCCAGGGCAGAGACCUUUACAGAGCCUACAGAGCUUCGUCCACAAAAGCGGAAAAAGGGGCCGGCCCCCAAAAUGCUGGGGAAUGAGCUGUGCAGCGUAUGUGGGGACAAGGCCUCUGGCUUCCAUUACAACGUGCUGAGCUGCGAGGGCUGCAAGGGAUUCUUCCGCCGCAGUGUCAUCAAGGGAGCACGUUAUGUUUGCCACAGCGGCGGUCACUGCCCCAUGGACACCUACAUGCGGAGGAAGUGCCAGGAGUGUCGGCUUCGCAAAUGCCUCCAGGCGGGCAUGCGGGAGGAGUGUGUCCUGUCAGAAGAACAGAUCCGCUUGAAGAAACUGAAGCGGCAAGAAGAAGAGCAGGCUCAAGCCGCGUCAGUGUCCCCAAGGGUUUCCUCAGCUCCCCAAGUCCUGCCGCAGCUCAGCCCGGAGCAGCUGGGCAUGAUUGAGAAGCUGGUUGCUGCCCAGCAACAGUGUAACAGACGCUCCUUUUCUGACCGACUGCGAGUCACGCCUUGGCCCAUUGCGCCUGACCCUCAGAGCCGGGAAGCCCGACAACAGCGCUUUGCCCAUUUUACCGAGCUGGCCAUAGUGUCUGUGCAGGAGAUCGUUGACUUUGCCAAACAGCUCCCUGGCUUCCUGCAACUCAGCAGGGAGGACCAGAUCGCCUUGCUGAAGACCUCUGCAAUUGAGGUGAUGCUUCUGGAGACAUCACGGAGGUACAACCCUGGGAGCGAGAGCAUCACCUUCCUCAAGGACUUCAGUUACAACCGGGAAGACUUUGCCAAAGCAGGGCUUCAGGUGGAGUUCAUCAAUCCCAUCUUUGAGUUCUCCAGAGCCAUGAAUGAACUGCAGCUCAACGAUGCCGAGUUUGCCUUGCUCAUCGCCAUCAGCAUCUUCUCUGCAGACCGGCCCAAUGUGCAGGACCAGCUACAAGUAGAGAGGCUGCAACACACGUAUGUGGAGGCCUUGCAUGCCUAUGUCUCCAUCAACCACCCCCACGAUCGCCUGAUGUUCCCACGGAUGCUAAUGAAGUUGGUGAGCCUCCGGACUUUGAGCAGCGUCCAUUCAGAGCAAGUGUUUGCCCUUCGCCUGCAGGACAAAAAGCUUCCCCCUCUGCUGUCUGAGAUCUGGGAUGUCCACGAAUGACUGUUCUUCCUCCAUGUCCUCUGUGCUUUGGGACACACAACUGAGGCUUAUGGACUGCUUCCCAGAGAUGGAACAGACUGAGAAGGGCAAACAUUCCUGGGAGCUGGGUGAAGGAGAUCCUUGCAUGGCAUUAAAGGAGAGUCUAAGGGUUGGGUGUUUUGUGGCUGCUGGGCAGUUGGGGACCUACUAAGGUAGUGCACAUCUGAAGACUUUAUUGACCCAACCAAAUAAACUAGCCAGGAAGGCCACUUUGCACAGGGUUCUUAAGGGCCCUGCCCAUCUCAUCUCUACCACUUCCUGUUUUUCCCCUUAGGGCCCCAAAGAAAUUCUCCAAUAUCAUUCUGCAGCUUGGCUGUAACUGCCUCCGGGCUGUUUCACCAAUAGGUCUGGCACUUGGAACAGAAAGGCCAAGAUAGGGAAACCAGUUUCUGGAUCAAGGGUAGGGGUGCUGCGGUGGAGGAAGCCUGUGUCCAUUAGAAUCUGCCUCCAUAUUCAGGAGAGGGACAGAAAUCACAAGUGUCAGCUUUUGUUCACUAGGCCCGCGGCAUAAGAGAAAUGUUUAGGCUUCGGUGCACCUUCCCCUUUAACGAUCAAGGCAGAAGCAGGUGCUCUUACUGUCUGGGAGGAGUCGGAGAUUCAGCAAUAACUCAGCAGUACACUUCCCGUGUGUGUAUAACGCCUUACUUUUAACAUUGGCAUCUGAAAAGGAGUACAGCCUUAAAGACCCAGGGCCGGGUAAUACUUCCCUUCGGGCUCUGGGCCCUGGGGGACUCCAAGAAAAGUCCCCGGAGGCUCGUGGAGGAUGACCAGUGUUUGAGUUGUCCAAAGGAUUGGACUCCAUUUCCCAGCGGGCAUCGCGGCACCGUUCUCGCUUCCCCCUACCUUGGUGUAGGUGAUACCUGGCAGCGCCAGCCAGUGCCCCCGCCAUCCAGAAUUGGUAGAGUCCAGCAGCCGACUAGUUGGCUUUCCUGCCGGGGCGUCUGGGCACGUCCAAACCGCGUGCAGGGGGAGCCAGAUGAGGUUUGAAGAAACUGUCAGAAUGUCUUAGGGGCAGUUUAUUUUACGAAGUACCUUCAUAUUAAACACCAUUUCGUCAAGACGGGCGCUAUAACCAAGUCGGAUUAAA